UAGCUCAGGGGUGCCGCUUGUGCACGCGCUGUGACGUUCAGCGAGACGUUGAGUGAGAGAGCGCGCGCUUCCGAGCGCAACAGCUGCAGAGAGAGAUUUACAAACACAUACAAGUAGGUUAAACUCGGGAGCUGGCGAAGCCUAGUUAUUGAAUAGAAUUAAAAAAAUAUAUAUAAUAAUAAUAAAAUGAAAAUAAACUAUCCAGGAUAAUCGAAUAAUAAGAAACAUUAUAGGAAUCUGAAUUUCUGGGUCAGUAUCGGUAUCUAGAAGUGUUUAGUCUGUUCUCUAUUGUGCAAAUCACGAGAAGAGUACUGUUCAACAGAAUUGAACUACCACCAUCGGAUUCGUUAUGUUGUGCCACUUGAUUAGCACCAAACAAGGCAUACUGAAGUGAUCAUAUGCUUUGACAAAAAUCUUGAUCCAAAGCCUUAAAAACCAAGAGAGAUUAUUUCUCAACAUGUGUAGAAAGAAGACAGAAACAAUACUCAAACUUAUCUAUUAGACAUUAACCAAGCUUAAAGCUCUUGAGCCCAGCUGAAAAGCUGCUGAAGAAGUUCCCUCUCUGUACAAACAUUUUCAGGAAAAGAAUCCUAAUAGAUAUUUCAACUCUAAGGUGUUUAGCAUACUGGUGUUAACAUGCCAACCCAUCCUUUAUUAGCAUAUAUGGAAAGUCCAGAUGGGCUAGGUCAUGACAUAGUGAAUAAUACUAAUGCUAACAUGCCAGGUGCUGGCUCCAGCAUGACACCACACACAAGUAUUCAAGACAAGGGUUUGUCUCAGGCUGAAGGAUGCGUGCCUUUGGACUGUAUGUUUUGUGAGCAGACCUUUAAACACCAAGAGGAGCUCGGGCGUCACGUCCAGACCCAGCACAGAACAACACUGUGCGAGCCUGCCGUUCUGCGUGUGGAAGCAGCGUUUUUAGCUCCAAACGAGAAAGGCAGAGUAAAAGCCACUUCUGUGCUGCAUGGAGAUAAAGACAGUAAAGAAGAAGAGGAAGAGGAGGAGGAGGAGUUUAGUUGUGAAGUUUGUUGGCAGGCCGCUGAGGACGCCACAGAUUUGGAAAAUCAUAUGAAGAAGCACAAAGACUCGUUCACUUAUAGUUGUAACGUUUGUGGAAGACGAUUUAAGGAGCCCUGGUUCCUGAAAAAUCACAUGAGGACGCACACAGGGAAGCCAGGAGCAAAAAACAAGACUCAGGCUGACACAGAAGCCCCUGCGACCAUAAACGAGGUUGUUCAAGACCAAAUUACUGGGAAUGUCAUUUCUCCCUACAAAAUGUGCAUGGUGUGCGGGUUCCUGUUCUCAAGUAAAGACAUUUUAAUGGAGCACAGUCGAGUUCACAACCCUGAGUCCGAGACCAAUGAUGAGGAAGAGAAGGCUGUAGAGGAACAGCCUGUUACUGGAUCACCCGUAUCCCAAGAGUCCUUUCUUCAGCUGCUUAACCUGCGCCCGCAUGUCUCAGAAACCAGCAUGAAAGCCGAGAAGUCUGCAAAAUGGAUCGAGCAGCUUGACCCUUUUAAUACUUACCAGGCUUGGCAGCUAGCCACAAAAGGCAAAAUUGCUGUCGGGCCGGGACAGACCAAAGAACCCGGUCACGAGAUCAGCACUGACAAUGAAGAUUCCUGCUCAGAUAAAGAAGAACUCCAAGAAAUAUGGUCCACAAGUAGAAGUUACAAUCCAGUUAAGGAGGGCUUAAUUUGUAAAUUGAAAUCUAAACGUGCCAGUGGGGACACCCCUUCCCCAGAUAUAGAUCAGAAGUCUCUACAGAGCAAGGAAAAGCCAACUCAAUGUGGGGAUUGUGGGAAGACCUUCAGAACCUACCACCAGCUGGUGCUCCACUCCAGAAUACACAAGAAGGAAAGGAACGGUGCUGAGAGUCCUAUCUCCAUUGACGGCAAACAGUUAAGUACUGGAUCUAUGGAAAGUGGCACAUUGGACCGAACUGAAGAAUGUUCUGAAGAUGGCUCAGAAGAGGGAAUACAUGGCGAUGCAUUUCAUUCAGAUAAAAGUGAAGAUGGCUCUGAGAAAGGAAAGAGCAAAAAUCUUGGCUCCUCCAAAGAGUGCAGUUACUGCGGAAAGACUUUCCGUUCAAAUUAUUACCUCAACAUUCAUCUCCGGACACACACAGGUGAAAAACCGUACAAAUGUGAGUUCUGUGAGUAUGCUGCAGCUCAGAAGACAUCGUUAAGAUAUCACUUGGAGAGACACCACAAAGACAAACAUUCUGAAGCUGAACUUGCUGGUAAACCUUCAUCGGCAUCACUUGCUCCUGAAGAAGCCUUACCAAGCAAGGAUAAAUCUGCUCAGGAAUUAGCUUGCGCAAAAGGUGCGUCUAAACACCUUGAUAUUGACCAAAAUGCAAAACAACGCAAACAGCUGUGGUCUUCACCCACAUCCAGCAUGGUGCUUAACAGUGCUUCACGUGUUGGCUUGAAAAGUGAGCAUCUGGACAAAACCACAGUGAUCAAGAAAUCCUGCCAGGCUGCCCGGAACACUGGAGUAAAAUCAGAAAAAGAAAGUGCUGUGUCCAGUGAUUCUUUAGGGUUGGGAAGUGGGGCCCAUGGCAUCAGUGAUUCUGUAUCACUCAAACUGAAGUUGGAAAGAAAAGAAAUAAAAGAGGAGUUAUCAUUUGAGAAACCAUUAAAUUUGUCCUUUAAAAUGUCGCUUUCUGUUUCCUCUGCCUCGGAUCCUAAGAGUGCAUUAACAACCAGUACCUGCCCAUUUUGUACUUAUAAAACUCUAUACCCAGAAGUCCUUUUGAUGCACCAGAAGUUGGUGCAUAAAUACAAGCCUGAUGUUACCAGCACAAAUGGGUUAAAAAGUACUGCUGCCCUCAAACAAAAAAGAUACACUGGAUGCCCCCCUGCCCUUGAGGGAAAAGAUGUUUCCCCCUUGCCUUUGUUUCACAGUAGCCACCCUCGGCGAACCAAGUCUCCACCUUACCAGCAAGCAAAGCCCCUUGGCAAAAUAAACCCAACUAAGACUACUCCACCUGCUGUGCAAUCUCCUGAAGUAGAAUCAAGAAAAGUAGCUCAGAACAGGAGGGGGGACACGCAGCAAAAUCCCCGUCGGCUAAAUCAAACUGAAGUUGGACAAGGCACUUCUGAAGCUCACCCCAAAAGGGACGGAGAUGUCGCUCUGUCCAGGAGACCCCAUUUUUUAGGCAGCGAAGGGCCUGUGCACAGAGGUCGUCAGGUUAGAAAUGGAGAUCUGUGGCGGGGUGAUUCUGUAAGGGUAAGCCUUUCCAAUGGGAAUGGAAACCCAGUGCAUUUGGACUUUGGAGAGCCCUCCAAUAAGAGAUGCAGGUCUUCCAGCUCAUCGAGCCAUGAGCAAGACAUUUCUGAGAGGAGUAGUUUCAUGAGAGGUAACCACCACGGCAGGCUGUUCGUUCCAGGGAGAAACAUGGUGACGUCUAGGGAAAGCUCACCCACCACAGCGGCACAUUCCUUCUCUCCAGUGAAAACGUUGCCAUCUGUACAUGCAAAUGGAGAGGAUCCAGAAUGGAAUGUAUUGAAUGUUCUCCGGUCCUACAACCCCCAUGACCUUGCUUCAUUGUACAAUUCUGGUGGCACGGGCAUGAGCCAAGGAUCUGCUGCAGUUGUAGAAGGGAAUAGGCCUUUACUCUAUCAGCAUUACCCAAGUAGCAUGCUACAAAGGAGGAACUAUCCAAGCCCUAGGAGUAAUGCACGCUCUGGACCUACUGAUAAGAAUGCUUAAAAUAUGACCAUUUGACAGAUGACAAUGGUCUGAAUUAAAUGAGAUUUUGUGCCUCUGUUCUGUUUGCCUUUGUUUAAUAUAACAGAAUGGAAAAUAAACAAAAGUUUGAAGCUCCUGGAAUAAGCUGUGACUUGUACAUAUAUAAAACACUACUGUUAGUGUUGGCUGUGCCACAGAGAUUUUAUAUGCACCUGUCUGUAAAAUUUCAAGUUAGCUGACACUUGAAUGUUCUCCGAGGUCAUGUUAAAAAAUGAAUAUGUCCAUACAGGAUUUUUUGCAAGAGGCUUCUGUAGUUUAAUUGGAGAAUUGUAGGUCAGGAGAUAUAUAAACUAGUUUUUACAGUAACAAUAGAUCCUAUAGGACUUUUGUCUCAACAUCCUUUAAGUUAUAAAGGGUGACCUUUUUAAGUGAAAUAUUUUCACUCAAGUGCUUUAAAACAAGACGAUAAAAGAUAGACUUAUCGGAUGCAGGUUUGUCACAGUAUGGUAUUGGAAGAACUGGAGCACCUCCUUGGUGAAGCCACUUGUAUCAAAUGUAUAAUCCCUGAUAGCAAUGAACCGAUAAUUGUAAGGAAGUACUAGCUUGUCCCUUGUACAAAUACAAAUGCUAUGACUUAUGUCAGACCAGGCCUAAAAUCUCAAAGCAAAAGCGUACUGAUGAUAUGAUAUAGUAUUUGUAGUAUGUUUGUAGAUUCUCUCUUGAAAACUGACAGUUUUAACCUCACUAGGCUCCACAUUUCAAACCUGCUGAGAGCAGACGGACUCAGAAUGAAUUACUGCACUUGUUCUCGAGUUGACUGUUGCUGCCGUGAUAUUUUCUAUGGCUUUUGAGAACUAUUCAGAAUGUGAGAACAAAGCCCACACAACCUCACACUGUUGUGCUGAGCAGAGGAGUGGAGAGUUAACAUGGAGGACACACAGACACGGACCAAAAAUGAAGUGGAACUGCUUAAAUACACAAGCUGCUGACUGUAUUCAAGGUCGAUGUUGAUUAUAAACGGACGGAUAUUAUGAUAGUGUUACAUUGGGCAGCUCAUGACAUUUCUUCCCCUUUUAAGUUUUUGUAACGACUUUUUCAGUAUAAAUGUGCUUUGUUUAUUUCAUUGAAUUAAGUAUGGUGUAGGCACUUGCUUAUUGUACCUACUUGAAACAAUUGAUCAUAAAUUCAACCACAAUACUUGCAGUGUGCUUGUCUACUGCUCUUUGCAUUCCAUGCACUGGACAUCGCUUCUUUGGUCAGUUUAUUUUUUGUGUUUAUGGCCUAUGUCUCCUCAAAGUGGGGUUGAAGGAGGAGGAGGGUUGUGAGGUAGAGAUGACGUUGGCCAUGAAUACCAAAAUCUUUAUUGGACUGACCACAGUGGGGAUUAACCAAAAGUCUUCUGCUAUGCAAGUACAGUGUGUUCACAUAACGAUGUAAAUACUUGCACUGUACUUUGCUUGGUGUCACUUAGUAGGAAGCGUAACUGCCCAGCAUUUUGCCCAGUCUUGUGGAAUACGGUUCAUAGAACAUGUAAAUCAGUUCCCUUUUAUUCAGGGGUUAAUGAAUACUAGCUAAGUGAUACCAUUUAAUAUAUUUUACCUGGUCUAAACUUGAAAUCAAGUGUAGUCAUUAAAUAACAUUGAUUCUGUAUAUAAGCAUUUUAUUUUAUACUUUUUUUCUCUCUCUCUCUUUCUCCCCCCCCCCCCAGUUGCCUAUCUAAAUGCAUUGUACUGGGAAAAUUGUUUUCAGGAUUUCUUUGUUUUUCAUUGAGAUAACACCACAUACCGUUUAAAGCUACUGUCAACACAUUUUAUUUCCAAAGAGCAAAACAGCACAAAUAUUCUUGCACUGAUUUCAAAGUUAGUUUGUGUUUUUUCAAUUGCAAAACAAAUGUAAAAAAAAAAAUCAGGAUGUCAGUGCUAAAAUGCCUCGGCUACUUAAAACGGGUCUUUUCUGAUUCUUUUAACAAAUAGUAUAACAAAGGGGAUUGUAGUUUUAUAAUCCUUCAAUGAGGUCUUGUUCCUAAGCUGAGCCAUAUGUACAUAUUAGAUUUUUUUUAUAUAUAUAUAAUUUUGCACUUUCACAAAAUACUUGCUGGUUUAUACAGUUUUGUUAUACAAUUUCUUGAUUUCUGAUAUUUAUUGUACGCCUGCUUUCUCCUGCUUUACCCAUGAAGUGGAUGUGUUACAACACAAGCAGUGUUGAGCUGUGUCACCAGAUCUAGUGCCAGCAGGUGUGCUGUUUGGACUGGCUUGAGACCUGUUAAGCUUGUGCAUUAUGUUGCUGAUGUGAAAUGCAAAAACAAUAUGCCACUCCUGAUCAGAAGUAGUAGGCAAAUUCGCAUUCGUUAAGAGUUAUAUUUCCAUCUUGACACACUUAUCGUAUUCAUUCUGAAAAUGUUAUCUUAUUGCAUUCUGUAUGUUUUCUGAAAUCUGUAUUCCAAACAUUUUGUUUUCUAUAAUUCAAAUGGAAUUGUAGAUUGUAGACACUUGGUUGUUACAUUAAUUGAUCAUUUAUUUUUUCAUCUAGAGAGGAUCAUAAUGCUUCUGCAAGCUAGUUAAACACUGAAUAAGGCAGUUCAAAUGUCCCAUGAAAUGGAUGUAUUACGCAUCAGUAUUAUGUACUGGCAGAAAGGUAUUUGUUCUAAAGUUUGCAUAUUAAGGUACAUGAUCAUUUUGGUUUUCUUUUUUAUAAUUUAUUUCAUGAUGUGGGAUUAUUUUUAAAACUUUCGGUGUAAGCAAUACAUUGUUCUUUAUUUGUGAAAUUUACAGUGUACUGUCUGUACGUUGGUUGAAACAUGUCACUUAAUUCAGUUUGUAAAUAUAGAUUUAGAGUUUUGCA